GAAAAAAAGAAGACCUUCGCAUACAAUCUUCAAUUAAAUUCCGUAGCUAGAUUCUGUCGCACUUUUCUCUCUCUCCAAGCACGAACGCCUAUAUAUUGCUGCAUCAACCGUUUGGAAUUGGUACCCUGAGUUGUGUUGGUAAUGCUAUUGAAUUUCGGAGCAAAUUUAGGGUUCGUCAACGCCCUUUGUUCUUGCAACUCGACUUGAGCAAGCUUAUGCCCAAUUUGCAAUUUUUUCAAUUCCAGCAAGCAAGAGGUUUCUGAAUUAUUCUGGUUUUGAAGGUGUUUGAUGUGAAGAAGAAAGGUGAUAUGAUCAAUUUAAGCAGAAGACAACUUGGGAGUUUUUUGGUGUUUGUUAGCAGUACCGGUUUUGAAGUGUGCUUGAAUUAGGUAUAUGUUGGAAUUGUGAAGUUUUUGGGGGUUUUUGAAUGGCAGACUUGUGGAAUUGGAAGAAUUCUAGGGUUUGGGAUUCAUUUGAGAAAUUUGGCAUUUUUAGUUUGUAGUGGAAGCAGGGAAGUCUGGCUUUUCAGAGUAUUUGGGGAAUUAAGCUGUAUGAGUAGUUGGGUUCACUGGUUGGCCCAGGAAGAGAAAUUGGGAGUGGGAGAUGUUUUAUUCUCAGUUUAUAUUGGCGAAGAAGGGUCCCCUUGGGACUAUAUGGAUUGCGGCACAUUUGGAGCGUAAGCUUCGAAAGAAUCAGGUUGCGGAUACUGAUAUUGGCGUCUCUGUAGCAGACUCAAUUCUUUUUCCUGAUGUACCAAUUGCACUCCGGUUGUCUAGCCAUCUUCUGCUGGGUGUGGUGAGGAUAUAUUCUAGGAAGGUGAAUUACCUUUUUGAUGAUUGCAGUGAGGCUUUGCUCAAGGUGAAACAGGCGUUUCGCUCCACAGCUGUGGAUUUGCCUCCUGAAGAAUCGACUGCACCAUAUCAUUCCAUCACCUUGCCGGAGACUUUUGAUCUCGAUGAUUUUGAGCUGCCAGAUAAUGACAUUUUUCAUGGUAACUUUGUUGAUCAUCACGUCAGUUCAAGGGAGCAAAUUACUCUCCAAGAUACCAUGGAGGGUGUGGUUUACUCCACAUCACAGUUUGGACUGGAUGAGAGAUUUGGCGACGGUGACACUUCUGGUUUGGACCUUGAUGAGGAAUUGUUUUUGGACAAGGUUGCAGCUGCAGGACAUGCUGUUGUUACAAUGAGCUCAGA